AUGUUACUUCGUGGCAGAGCUUUAUUCGGUAAGGCAUUUUGUAAUUUUACACAAAUUUCACAGUAAACUCAUGUUAUGAAAGAAGUUCGUUAUAUGUGAAAGAGUUCUACUGUAAUUUUCACAUGACUUUUACUGUAUUUUCUAAAAACGUUUUACUGUAAUUCUUUAUUCUAUGUAUUUAACAAUGACAUCUUUGAAAUUAUAUUUCAGUACUUCAAUGUUUUCUAUUUACUUCCAUAAAAGCUCAAGACAAUGUGACGUUCACAACAAUUGAUGUAACAAAUAGUAGUGGUAUUAAUACACAAUUUAUAAAUAAUCUGUAUACAACAGUUGACGUUUCUGAUGAAGACGUCACCAUAGUAGAAAACCAUAUAGAACGAAGAGUAAUAUUGAUUACGUCAACAUAUCAUAGGCCUCAACGGAUUGCUGAUUUUCAUUCGUAAGUUUACAAUUCAAGUUUAUAUUUUUGCUGCUUUAGGGUUUAUCGUAUAUACUGUAUAUGGUUUAAAACUGAAGAUUUCGUUUCUGUUUUCCUUGUGAAACUCUUGUAUGGCAUAUUUUUUAGAAGUUUUUAAAUUAAACUCAGACUUCCUUACUAUGACACUCAAGGAACUAGUCCAAACUUAUUUUUUACAUUGUUUGUUACACAGUAGUCCCACUUUACCUGAUUUUUCAAAAAAUUUUAUUACGACAAUUUUUAGAUUGAUACACAAUUUUCGACAUAUUGAUAACAUAUUCUGGAUAGUCGUAGAAGAAGGACCUCAAACUGAUCAGUUUAUUGAAAGUUUGCUAAAGAGAUCUAACGUACCAUACGUGUAUUUGAACGCUGAGAAUGUUGAUACUCCAUGUAGGUGAUUUUAAAUUUUGAUUUUUUAUAUUUUAAGUAGUGAGGAUUUUGAAAAAUUAUAGAUUAGCUAUAAUAAUAUUACUAUAUAUUAUGUAUUGAGAUUAAAGGGUUGCUGACCUAUAAUUAUUUUUAACUAUAAUAAUUUUAGGUCACGGCUGGAGCCAACGAAACGCUGCCUUGGACUACAUUCGUAGUAACAAAGAAAGCUUCAAAGACUCUGAUGUUGUGUACUUUGCCAACGAUGAAAAUACUUAUGACAAGCGUCUGUUUGACAAGUUCAUAAGGAAUGUCCAAAAAAUUGGCGUUUGGGCGGCUGGUAAGAUUAAUUAAAAUACCGUUUUUUACUUGCUUUUGGAGUUUUUUUAGCUGUUUUUGAACCUUUUAAAUAAACGAGACACUACGCCUGUAAAAGGAACAAGCCGGGCUAAAGUUGUCGGCCUGGAUUGGUUUAUGAUUAAGGUUUCAGCCCUUAAAUUGGCGUGUGUCUGCCUUUCAGCUACGUGCCUAACUUUCUUAUAUACAAAAUUCUUUAACGUAUUUUACAAAACUUUUUUUAGGAGCAGGCUACGUAGCGGCAGAAUCUCCGUUGGUACUGAACGAUCAAAUUAUUGGAUGGAACACUGCUUGGAGGCCAAAACGUGAAUUUGCUUUGAGUUUUUCUCAAUUUGCAUUUAACAUCAAGUAUAUUACGGAAACAAAGUAAGCUUUAUUACCCAAGUUAUUAUAUUUACACAGAAAUCAUAUUAUAGUAGUGUAGCAACUAAGUUCACCGCCACGAAUAACAAAAUAAAAUUAAUAUUUUUUAAAUUUAUAAUUCAAUUCAAUUUCCAGUGCAAAAUUCGACCUCCGAUGUGCAGGACUAGCCAUGGAAGACUGUUUUCUACGUCAACUCAACAUCCAGAAGUCAGAUAUUCAACCAUUUGGCUACGAAGGAGAGUCUAAACCAAUUUACGUUUGGCAUCGGCGAAUUGACAACUUGGGGCUGUUAAACGAAUUUGAAACACGGGCUAAAUUUAUUGAUGAUUCUGUAGUUGAACCAGUGAAAUGUAGAGUUUUGCAACGAAAUGUACCAUUGAAUUCUAUGGCACACGCUAAAUACAUUGUUGUAUUGAAGGAUUCUGGAGCUACACGGGUUUUGGAGCUUUGA